UUUAAAACAAAUAUCCCAUGCGUUUAGCUUAUGUGGUUACAAGAAGAACACAAAAAUCAAGGCCCGUAUUUGUAUGUGAGAGACAGAAUAGCAUUAGCCUUAGGAAAACGUUUAGAAGAUUUGGCUUAUGGAGGUAGACCACCAUCAUCUUCUCCAGCAACAGGCAGCAAAGUUAUUCAUAGAAACGAAUACAACGAUAUGAUAGCGACGGCUUUGAAACUUUGAAUCGGAAUUAAUCGGAAUGUCAAAUAAAAGAUAU